AUGGCACAGAAAGCAGCAAAGACGCUCGCAGCUCGAAAUACAUCGCUGCUGCUGCGGACACACAUUACCACGGCCUCGCUGCAUGCCGUCCUGCUGCUGCUGCACUUUGUCUUUGGCCGGCCGGCGUCGUUGUGGAAGUACCUCCUCCUGACCUCGCCUACGCUGGUGAUCGAGUUCUACUUUGAACGGCUGGGACGGCCGCGCUACGAUGCGGCCAGCGGCUCGCUGAGGUCGCCGGGAGAGGAUUUGGAUGCGCCCGGCCUGACGGAGUACUGCUGGGACGUGCUAUACUGGACCUGGGGCUGCAUGGGGGCCGCCUGCAUCUUCGGAGACUACGGAUGGUGGAUGUGGGUGGUUGUGCCGCUGUAUUCGAUCUGGCUGGCCUACACGACGUUUAUGGGCGUGAAGUCAGGCCUGCCUGGAGCUGCCGGCAUGGACAUGGGUGCAGAUGAGGGUGCCGGACAGGCUGAGAGCAAGAGGCAGAAGAAGCUGGAGAAACGCGGCCAGAGAGUCAAGUACCGGUAA